AUGGCCACUCGACAAGCUUGCCAGCGGGUUCUCCUGCGGCGCAUCUCGCCACGGGGCAUCGCCGCUCCAGCUUCAGUCUCAAUCUCGGCUUGCGCAGCCAGGACGUGCUCCGGCGUGGCAGCUCGGCCGCUGGCGAGGUGGACGAGUCCUAGAUCUGUCGGUGGUGUAGCUGGUGUGCGAAGGUGGUACUCUGGUCCGGAUAACCAGGUGCCGAAUAGUCGGAUCUGGGGCUUUGACGAGAUCAAGAAACUGGUGGAGGGCAAGGAUCCCAAGGAGGAGGUUGUCAUUGUUGACGUCCGCGAACCCCACGAGCUCCUCGACACGGGCAAGAUCCCCGGCGCAAUCAACAUCCCCAUCACCUCCGCCGUCCAGAGCUUCCACAUCUCCGACGAGGACUUCGAGGACCUGUACGGCUACGCGCGCCCGCCCAAGGACGCCUCCUUGCUCUUCUACUGCAAGGCUGGCGUGCGCGCGAGGGCGGCCGCGGGGCUGGCGCAGCACGCCGGGUGGGCUAGUGUGGGCGAGUACCCGGGCAGCUGGCUCGACUGGGAUCUGAACAAGGGUCCCGUGGAGGCUGUGAAGCCCGGGGGGAGCAAGGGCGAUGGGAAAUAA